UUCACUUCCGGCCCGUAGGCUGGAGUCCGUUCCCGAAAGCCCUCGCUUCUGGACUACCACACUUCCGGGCACUGCUUCUCUUCCGCCUGCCGGGCCGAGUUCCAUGUUGAGCCCGGAUGCUGCGAGUGCUGCGUGGCUUGCGGGGCGUGGCGCUGCACACAUCUUGGUCUGCCUGGACAAGCACCUUCGGCCAAGCCUGUCUUCCCAACACAGCGACUGCAGAUGAAGGAGUUCCCGAGUUGAGUGUCCCAGCGAUGGCUACUCCCUGGAGGUGCGCCUUGUUGGCGAUGAUCCUGGCGUCCCAGGUGGUGACCCUGGUAAAAUGCUUGGAAGACGACGACGUCCCGGAGGAGUGGCUUCUUCUGCACGUGGUCCAGGGCCAGAUAGGAGCUGGGAAUUACAGCUACUUGCGGUUGAACCAUGAGGGUAAAAUUAUUCUCAGGAUGCAGAGCCUCAGGGGGGAUGCGGACCUGUACGUGUCCGACAGCACUCUGCACCCAAGCUUCGACGAGUAUGAGCUGCAAUCGGUCACUUGCGGCCAGGAUAUGGUCUCUAUACCGGCGCACUUCCAGCGCCCAGUGGGGAUAGGAAUUUAUGGACACCCAUCACACCAUGAAAGCGACUUUGAGAUGAGGGUAUACUCUGACAGAACUGUGGAUCAGUACCCAUUUGGAGAAGCUGCCUAUUCUGCUGACCCUACAGGAGCCAGUCAGAACCAAGCUUAUGCUCCAGAGGAGUCAACCCAAGAAGAGGAGUCAGUCCUCUGGACGAUAUUGAUUAGCAUUUUGAAAUUGGUGCUCGAAAUUCUCUUCUGAAUCCUUAUCUGCACGGAGCAAUUUUAGUUUGCUGUGGACCUUGCUACUUGACCUGGUGAAAUUCUGGUUCCUUUUUCUAGACUAGGAUGGAAAAAUAAAGCCAUACAGUUUUGUUACCUCAAUUUACUCCCCAACAGGAAAAGCAGCAAGCACAAUAUUUUAGAGAUUAAAAUUCCUAUAAAAAGGAGUCUGCUCAAUAAAAUGUUUAAACACAUUUUGGUUAGUCAGGUGAGUAAAAAAAUUAUUGCAGUAACAGGCUGUAUAAAUCAGAUUGUCUUUGUGCUAAUGCAGAUGAAAUUAAAAGGCUGACGACUUUAGAAUUUAUCCUAGACAUUCUAAAUGAAGUACAGCACUUCAAGUUUUAAGGAGGUACUAAGCCAGGUCAGAAAUGCCAUGACAGCUUCAGCCUUCCCAGAGCCUCUGUGCACAGGAGGGACAUGGUAGCUGAUAUUGAAGCAAGCUUUUCUGGCAGGCAAGCAUUUACAAACUGUCGCUGUGCCAGUUGAUGACUAUUCCAAAUCCAGUUGUACCAGAUCUUAGGCCAUCUGCCCUUUCCUCUGCUUGGGCUGACUGGAGUGCUAUGGUUAUUAAGUAACUGUAAUACUACCUAAGCAGGUCAAGACAGUCAUGACAGAUGCUAACUUUUCAGACUCAAGAAGUAUUUCAAAUUAAGUUGCUACCUCUUUCUGCUGAUCUCUGGAAAAACAGCACUAAGAGAUUAAAAUCUGGGGAAAUGAGCCAUUUCUCUGACUUUCAAGGGUAGGAGUUGCUAAUAAUGAAAUAAAUCAACGUGAAAAUGUUUAAGGUUAUAGUUAAUUUCAAAAAAAGUUCUUUAUUGGCAUAAAAAUGAACGUGUAAAUAAAUUGGCACCAAAUAUCCCAAACAUGAGGGUCAGAAACCUAUGUUAUCCCUCUUUGCUGUUUUUCCCCCUUCUGCCCACUUUCCUGGGUGUUGGGGGAGCUCGCUGACAACAGUCACAAAUCCAGCGACCUAGGAGAAAAAUUGUUAGUUAAUAUGGAGUGGAACUUUACUUUUAUAGGACUGAGUACAAACCACCUAAACUCAUUCCUGAGCUGUCCAUAGUCCUAACUUGGAUUUUUCAUGGAGAGGGGAGUACUAAGCUCCUUAAGACAAGGAAGAAAAUGUAAACAACCUUUAAUCAGUGUAACCAAUGCAGUGUGGAAUUUAGUGCAGGGACAAGAUGGGGAAAAGGCACAAAACAAUCAUUUGUACCUUUAAAAAUAUAUAUUGUGAUCCUUCCUAAAAUUCAAGUACCAUCAUGCUUUUAAAACCUCAACAACCCAAUUCCUAAUGUAGAACUUGUUAAUGAAUUUGACUUUCUAUGAUGGCCUUUCUCCACUAUUCUAACAGCGCUCUCCAUGGCACUUACCUAGCACCUAUACCACAUACCUGAGCUGAACUACUGCAGAACCUUACGUGAUUAUUCAAGUUGCUUACUUCUAAAGGAAUUCCAGGAAACUUAGUUUUAUAGAGUACUAUACAGUGUUAACUAUGCAACUAAGUUCUUAAAAUUGCACAAUUAGCUGUAUAAUGUUUCAAUAGAAUUACUGUGAUUUACUAUUUGAUUCUGUGUCCAUCCUGAAUUUAUCUGGAAUUGUUAUGCUGCCUCACUUUAUAGAAAGAUGUCUUAGUAUAUAUAAAAGCAUAGCAGUCACUUUGUUAAGUUUCUAAAUAGACAACCUUUAAAAAUAAAAUCAAAGCAUUGA